AUGUCGCUUCUUUUCCCCUUUUAUUUUUCUUCUUCACAUCUUAUUUGCGUCUCUUUUUUUCUUUCUUUCUUUAUUCGUUUCUUUUUUUUCUUUUCUCUUCUUCACCCGUUUUCUUAUAUUCUUCAUCAUUUGUAUUUUCUUCUUCCAACUAGCCCUCUUCUUCUUUUCUUGUCUCUUUUUCUUUCUCAUCCUUUCUCCUUCCACCUUUCUCUUUUCUUUUCCCUUGCCUUUCUUCUUAUCUUUUCUCUUAUCUUCUUUUCUUCCUUUCUUUCUUUUUCUCUCCUUCUUCUUUUUUCUUUUCUUUCACCCCCACUUCUUUCUUUGCUUUCUCUCUAUUUCCCGUCUUCUCUUCUCAACUUUUUCUUCAAUUUAUCUUUCCCUUUCUCUCUUUCCACUGUUUGCCUUUUCUUUUCUCCUUUUCUCCAUUUCCUUUCCUUUCUCUUUUUCUCUAUUUCCCGUCUUCUUUUCGUAAUUUCAUUUUCCCUAUGUCCCUUCUCUUCUUCCUCCUUUCUCGUACCUUCUUCUCCAUUUUCCUUUUCUUUUCCCUCUUUUUCCUUCUUGCUUUCCUUUCCCCUUUUCUCCAUUCUCUCCUUCUCUAUUUGGCUUCUCUCCUUCUUUUCCCUUCCCUAA